GAUAAGAUAAUUAUUCGAGGCCGAGAAAUGAAUGGAAAAAAGCCAGGGGGAGUUUUUGUCUGGAUUUAAGGUAGUUUUGGCUUUGGUCGCAACACGAAGUGUUCACAUUUGCCUGAAACGAGAUGAGUUUAGACGAUGCUACCAAGCGAAUUCAAUUCGCCAAGCAAUCGUUAGACGACGCCUACAACCCACCAGCCAACUUCUUGGAGAUCGAAGUGGGCAAGCCUCUCACCCACGGGUAUGGCAAGCAACGCUACACCGACUAUGAGAUUCGGAUGAAGACCAAUUUGCCCAUCUUCAAGCUCAAGGAGUGUGUGUGUCGAAGGCGUUACAGUGAGUUCGAAUGGUUAAGAUCCGAGAUCAAGCGGGAUGUGAAGAUCAACGUGCCCGAGCUUCCGGGCAAGGGUUGGAUGAAGCAAGUGCCCUUCGUGAGUCAAGACGACGGUAUUUUUGAGGACGAGUUCAUCGAGGCCCGGAGAUCAGGACUGGAAGAAUUCAUCAACAGUCUAGCAGCUCAUCCUUUAGUUCAGAACGAGAAGUCAAUUCACGCCUUUUUGCAGGAGGAGAAGCUAGAUAAAGAUGGAUUUCUCCCCGGGAAGGUCAAGCAUUAAGGAUUGGUCUCCAAGCAGGCCUGACAAGCGAAGUAGAAAUGAGAGCUAUCAAGUUUGUUCGGAUAGAUAUAUGUAUAUUAUCAUAAUUAAUACGAGCAUCGUGUUUUUCUUCAAAAUAGAGCGAAAUUUUCUUCAUUA